AUGGCCGUCAGCUUACUCACGUCUCGUUUCCUGUUCGGCACGGCCCUAUGCCUUUUGGUGGUAGGAGGAAAACGAGGGAGGGAACGGAAAGAUAUGACGCUGCGGGCAUUCCAAUUAUCCGCUUACAAGAAAACACCCCAAUCCAGUGUUUUCCAAUCAGUUCGCGGCCAGCUCUUGAAGUACCCUGUUGUCAUUUCUGUGGUGAAAGAUGGGGCUCAAGGAAGUAGAGUCACGGAACCCUCGAAAGUGCAGUGUACCGUAUCGCAAUGGUUCGGGGCACAGGGUUUUAGGUUUCCCUGGAAAUUAGGCACAGCCCGUAAGCGUAGGGCAACACUAUACCCACCAGAAACGAUGUACGAGACGGUGAUUUUGGAUCUCUCCACCCUCCAGCGCCCUGGGAACGAUCGGUAG